AUUGCUAGAAUACCACAUCCCAUACCAAACUGGCCUUACUUUAGAGCUCUUGCCUGCUUUAGAAUGGCAGCAAUUGCACAAGGUGUGUAUGCCAGAGGUCUUCACGGCAAUGCCAGCAGUAGCUUCACUGAUAGAUUCAAGCAUGUUGUUCGUCCACUUGCAAAAACUGGAUGCUCUUUCUUUGAUCCCAGGUUUGUUGCUAACUAUCCAUUCCCGUCUUACUUGGAAUCUGGCAAAUUUUCUCAGAGAGGACGUCAGAUAUUAGCUCAAGUGAAAGAGUUUAUGGAUGACUACAUUUAUCCAGCAGAGAAGGAGGUUUAUGAAUAUGUUAGUAAGCCAGAGAAUACAUGGAGCAUCCCUCCUAUCAUUGAGGAAUUGAAGGACAAAGCUCGUAUGGCUGGUUUAUGGAACCUGUUCCUCUCAGGAGUAUCAGGGUUGACCCAGUUUGAGUAUGCUCCUAUGGCCGAAGAGAUGGGACGGUGUCCUUUUGCUUCUGAAGUGUUUAAUUGCAAUGCUCCUGAUACUGGGAAUAUGGAGGUACUGUACUUGUAUGGGAAUCAUGAGCAGAAGGAGAAGUGGUUGCAGCCAUUACUGAAUGGAAAGAUAAGAUCCUGCUUCUCAAUGUCUGAACCAGACGUAGCAUCCAGUGAUGCUAGUAACAUGCAGUGUACUAUCACUAGGGUAGGGAAUGAAUAUGAGGUCAAUGGAAUAAAGUGGUGGUCCAGUGGUGCCGGGGACCCAAGAUGCAAGGUAGCAAUUGUAAUGGGAGUGACUAAUCCUAAUGCUGACAGACUCAAGAGACAUUCCAUGAUUAUUGUUCCCUUGGACACACCC